AUGAGGAUUAGAAUGAACUCCGAGAAAUGGGGCCUCUCGAUCAAUGCAGGCUAUGACAGGCCCGGUGAGAAAUGCGCCUCCCAGGUAUUCUUGGAAAUCAAUCUAUGGGCGAUCGGUAACGACAAUGCAGAUGAUGGACCCGCGGCGCAUCAGGCAAAGAUUAAAGUUAGUUGGCAAUUCGGGGCACUGGUUGUCGAUCCUGACCACGGCGCUCGUGCUCCCCAACCUUUAGCUUAUUCGCCCCGGUAUGGUGAGGGCGACGUAAUUUCCCCCGUUAUUGGCCGGGCCACGUACGUCGCACUGGGAGGGGUCUAUACCGAGAAUGACGUUAAGGAAGGGACGCGAUCGAUGCUUGAGUGUAUCAGUCCAUCUGGCCGGGCGUCGAUCCAUCCUGCCUUGGGAUUGGGGGCCACAUACUCCCCAUAG